AUGGCUUCUUACAAUCCAUUUGCAAAACGAGAAGCGCAUGGCCGGUUCUCCUUGACGACCUAUCGCUUCCUCAUUCCUGUCUCGUGGCUGCUUGUGGUCAUCGUUGGUAUUCACUAUACUGCCAACUCGCCGGGUGAUGUCAAACACGGUCAUCGCAUCUUCAAGCAGGCCAACAAACACACCACCCCCUUCAGCCAGAAUGUCACCAUCACUGGUAUCUACUGGAUUCUCCUCCUCCUCUCCCAACUCAGCUAUGUCUACCAUCUCUUCUCCAAAGAGGCUGCCAUCGUCACUGCGGCCGCCAACAUCGGCACCCAUUUCAUUCUAAACAACCUCUUCCUUUUCGCCUGGAUUCUUCUCUGGACGCGCAAUUACUUCUGGGGCUCCGAGAUUAUCCUCAUUGCCCAUUACCUCAACCAGCAUGCCGCCUACUGGCGACACCGGGCUCUGCCGCCCUUUGUGCACCUGUCGGCCAUCGCAGGACCCUACGCUUGGACACUGAUGGGACUAUUUUGGAAUGGAGCCGUCGCGGUACACAGUAACACCUUGGCUGCGAGGAUUGUGGCAAAUGUGUUCAUCUGGGUGAUUUUCGUGUUUGGAAUUACGCAUAUUAUGAUCACUCAUGAUUAUCUUCUGGGGUAUUGUCUUAGUUUUUUGACGUUGUCGUUGGCUGUCAAACAGAUCUCCAUCAAGAUCAUUGCGUUGCAGUGGAUCUUUGCCCUCGUCAUCUUUAUCGUCUUCUUCAUCACCUCGAUCUAUCUCUCCGGCACCAAGUAUUAUAACCGUGACUCGCUCUUCCGUCGGGUUGUGCAUCCUGAAGAGACGGAUCGGGAAAGAGAACCGUUGCUUGACGAGAGGGUGUAG